ACACACCUGCCCACACACAGGCACUGGGCGUACUACUGUUCAAGCUGUGCUUCAUGGAUACUCCAUUUGGUGACAACCCUCUAGCCAUAGUCAGUGCUCAGUACAGCAUUCCUGAAGACUCUCCCUAUAUACACAUGCACAAGACCCAGCUGCAUAACUUGAGAGGCUGCCUGUUGACCUCUGACCCUGAGCUGCGUCCCAGUAUCUGGCAAGUGUGUGAGGUGGUGUCCAGGAUCACAGGAACCACCAACCAUGUCACUAAUGUCUGUGUAUAUAUGAGAGCUAAACUGGAUGUCUGUCCUUUCAAAGAGCUGGAGGAUUUCAAGAGCUGCUCACUAGAGAACUGUGUAGUUACUAGUUACCUAGGUCACCACCAUUAAUGUGCUAUUGUUUAUACAGUCUGCCCUAAGACCCCAAAUGUUGUAAGACAGGAAGUGCUACAAGUUGCCUCAUGAAUAUAUUAAUGAGAACAGUUUUUCUUUGUUUCUGAUAAAAGUAAAGGUUUUUAGAGCUAUCUAAGUUGAAAUAUGUAAUAAGAAGACAGUUUAACAUACGAUAAACACUUUAAAAUAUGAA